AUGGAUAGUGUUAACGUUGAAGACAUAUAUAAAGCUUAUGAAAUAAUCGAUCGAGCAGGUGAUUAUAACGAAGUUAAGAAAUCAUACAAGACAAUAAUUAGUGGUGCCCACGGAGAAAGUAAUUGCAAGCGUCUUGCCGCCCAAUUUAUUCCACGAUUUUUUGGGAAAUUUCCUGAAUUUCACGAGAUGGCUAUCGAUGCCCUAUUUGAUCUCUGUGAAGACACAGACUUGAAUGUGCGAUUAACUGUUAUAAAAUAUUUACCUAAUGUUGUCAAAGAAUCUGACAAAGUUGCGGUGCGGAUUGCUGAUGCUCUGGUGCAGUUACUUCAAAAUGAAAUUGCCGCUGUGAAAAAAGCUCUCGAACAAGUUAUUCGUUUAUCGCCACGUGAUUCUAUUGUUGCGAUCUUUCAACAGUCAUUAAAGGGUUCACCUGAAGUGCGGCAUCGAACGAUUAAUUUUUUGUCGAAUGACUUGAAUCGCUUCAAAGAAGAGUUAUUUGAGAAAGGGGAUGAUGUUGAAACUUGUUUUGCCAAUGAAGAGUUGAUGAAGCCCGUAAAAGCUAGACAUUUCACCAAAAUCGUACAUUCUUGGAGUACAUCGCAAUCAAAUGUAGUAGUAGCACCCCCAUCGACACCAGUAAAACGGACAGCUGAUGCUGAUUCUUCAACUGAGACACUAACUAAUAAAAAGCGAAUGAUAGAAAUUUUACGAUCUCAAAUG